AUGCAGUCAUAUAAAAAUCCAAAAAUGGACGAAAUCAAGUCUCCUCACAACAAGCUAAAUUCAAAUCAUAGGCGAGCUCAAUCUUCAAAUCUUUGUAUAUCAAUUCCUCAAGUUGGGAGGCAUAGAUCAGGAUCAUUUGGGUCUUCGCCAAAAGCUACUAAUUCAUCCCCUUAUGCAAAAUUAGCAAGCCCAAAAAAUUUAUUAAAUGGAACUCUUCCAGACUUUUUGCGAGCAAAUAAUAUAAAUAAAGUCAAUGUUUCGGCAAGUCUUCCUUCUCCUUUAUCAAAUUAUGUGUCUCUACUGGCCAUUCAUAAUAUAAUAAAAUAACAUUGCUGGAAUAAAAUUUCUCUAACUCCCCCCUUUCGUGAGUGAACAAAAAAAUGUUGUUCACUCACAGAGGGGGGGGUUUAUUUUUUUUUUUUAAAAUAUAUAUAUAAAUUUAUAGAAAAAAUUUUUUUUCGAAAUUUUAAAAAAAUCUAAAUUGGGAAGCAAAUAUUAAUUUAAUUUAUAAAAUUUAUGUUUUAAAAACGCAAUUUGUUUAAAAUUAAACAGAAUUAGCUUGAGAUUUCAUUAUACUAAUUAUCACUUAUAUAUCAUUUUUUUUUCAUAAAAAAUUUUUGUUCACUCACAGAGGGUGGGUUUUUGGGCAAAAAAUAGCGAUUUUUCUAAUGGUUUUGUUCACUCACACAGAGGGGGAGUAAGAGCUAUCAUAUACAAAUUUUUAUUACUAUAACAGUAAAGGCCAUAUAGGGUCCUUGGAUUUUAGGAGGCAUAGGGUUUUAAUGCUACAGAGAGGAAAACCUUAGGCAGAAUACAAGCAGAAAUCAAGCAAAAAGCGAGGCAAUGCCUUCCGUGAAGCCUGAUCGUUGAAUUUUUUGGAUAUGGCUUAUAUUAAGGAGGGCGGCUCACAAACUUCACCAUUCUUGAGUCUAAAUGACUGUUGUAAUUAUACAGUCCUGCUUAGCUAAAAGUACGCUAAACACUAAUUAAGCAAAUAAGUGUACUGAGCCAUCCAGUACUGCACAUUCACGCCGGAAUUCAGACUUGGAAGGAUUUUAUUCAAUUACUGUAAACAAUGCAAGUGAUAUAGAUAUGAAUAAUUAUCCCCCUGAAAAAGCUCCUGAGGUAGAAAAUCGGAAUGAGCUAAUGGCAAACAGAUUAUCAAUACCUUCUCAAGACAAUUCUUGCGUUCCCAAAAGAAGGGUAAAAACACCUGAAGAUAACAAAACAUCUGACGAUGCUUUAUAUAAGGAAUACGUGCUUGCAUCUCAGCCUAACAGUGUUUUGACAAUAAAAACUCUUCAACUUUCGGGUGAUGAUCUAAAUGCUCUCAAAAAUCGGCAGCCCAUUACAAAUAAAAUUAUAGAUGCAUGCAUGACUAUUUUCAAACAAAAAAAUCACAUUAUGCAAACCAAAAACGAAAUCAAACACAAUGUUCUUAUUUCUAAUACCGAAUUUUCUCAAAGGAUCUUUCAUAGGAAGCAUGGUCACUCAUUUCAUGCAAAAAAUAAUCCAUUCAAAUAUAAGUAAUUUUUACCUACAUCUCUUUUAUAUACAAAAAAGCCUUUUUUUCUAUUUCUAUUUAUUUUAUUUUUACUUUCAUUUUUUUUUAUUCAAUAAGUUAGUGUUUUAUUGUUCCCUGUAUCAGUAGAUCAAAGCUGGACUCUUUUAUCAGUAAAUUUGAAGGAUUUACUUAUUGAGUAUUAUGAUCCCCUGCAGCUGUUUAAACACUCCAACGAAAUCUUUGUUUUAAUCUACAAAUUCCUGAAGCAAGAGCUAAAGCAUCAUGAAAAUCGUGAAAUUGAAGAAAGCCCUUGGCGUGAUUUUACAUACAAAAAAGUCAGCGAAAAAUUAAUUUUUACUGAUAAGGAUUCUUCAGUUUAUAUUCUAAUGAAUGCAUAUCGCAUUUCAUUAGGAGUCAAAGACUCAUUUUCACAGUUCAAUGUGAAUGAAUAUAGAGGAUUUCUUCAUGAUUUAUUACUAGAAUAUGGUAAAAUUUAA